AUGCGGUUAUCAAAUGCCCCACCACCAAAACCUCGGGGUUUGAGGUUUUAUGUUACUAAAGUAGUUACCAUCAUUAUCUGUUCCAUCCUGGUGAUGUAUUCCCGAUUGAUUGAAGUUAUGUUUCGAUCGCGUAAUAUUAUUCAAUCUGUCAUGUGGAUUUCAUAUUUUUGUUACGCAAUGUUUUUCUCCAUAUGGUUCUACACUGCCUUUUUCGUUCAACCGAAACACCCAAACUGGGGUGAGACGCACAAGCAUAUAGUACAUACUGCGACGGCUGCAGUAAGUUUAGGAGGUCUUCUCUGGACCAUUGCAGUGUGGCCUGUUUAUCAUAUAUGGACCUUACCACUGGGAUUUGUAGUGCUGACAUUAUUCCUUGAUAUCGUCGCGCUUAUCCCAUCGUUUUCGCGAAAAUCAAAGGAGUGA